UUACAUCAACAGUCACACCCUCACGUCUUUAUGAGCAUAGCAGAACAGGUGUUUGUAAUUCAUUAGCCAAACCGAGCUCGGCACAGACAGGAAUUAAAUCUACGCUGCUCUCAAACGUGCUGUUUCUAGCUACUUUCAGUCGCAAAUUGGCUGUCCCAGUGCUUCCUUAGGUUCCUUCCGAGACACCAUGACUAGCCGCUACAGGGACUUCCGUAGCCUCAGCAGCAGCUCUCUCAAUUCACCUGAAGCUACCUAUAACAGAAGAAGAGAGCGGUCGUCCUCCCCUUGUUCAAGAUUUGAAGCCUGCGGUAGCCCCACCAGGGGUGACGCCAGCAAGAGAAACUUCAGUUCUUCGAGUUUCACAGGGUACAGCCGUCAUGCUUAUCCAAAAGUUUCUGUUAAUAAGCGGCUCUUGACUCCGCUCCACCUGGACAUUGAUCCUGCCUUCCAGGAGAUACGGAACAAGGAGAAAGAGGAGAUGAAGACACUCAACAAUCAAUUUGCUGCCUUAAUUGGAAAGGUCCAGAGUCUGGAACAACACAAUCAGGUCCUGCUCACAAGGUGGAACUUUUUGAGAGAACAAGACAACUCUCUUUCUGACUUGGACAUCAAACUUUUCUACGACCAGUAUAUGAACAGACUGAGCUUUGAGAUCCGCUCCAUUGAUAAUGAGAAGGAGCAGCUAGAAGCUGAACUUGAUGAAGUACUGGAAGCCAUGGAUGAUGUUCGGAGCAAGUAUGAAAGUGAAAUAAACAAGCGCACAGGGAUGGAGUUCACUUUCACAGUACUCAAAAAGGAUCUGGACAACGGCUUUUUGCACAAAACUGAACUGGAAGCAAAACUGAACGGACUUCAUGCUUGGGUGGAGUUAAUGAAAACAAUUCAGGAGCAGGAACUAGAGGAAUUGCUGUCACAAACCAAGGAUGUCUCGAUUGUGCUGGGGAUUGACAACAGCAGAUACAACCCGGACCUGCACAAGAUAGUAGAGGAUGUAAGAGCUCAGUAUGAAGACCUGGCUAUCCGGAGCUGGGAAGAGUUAGAGGCUCUCACCCGAAGCAAGCUGAAUGAAAGAGAAGUGCUGUCUGUUAAGUAUGGUGAUCAUCUCCUUCAUGACCGCAGGGUGAUUGCUGAAUUAAACAUACAGAUUCAGAAAAUGAGGUCUUGCAUCGUUUCUUUGAAAAGCCAGUGUUUGCGUCUGGAGGAUAACAUCAAAGAAGUUGGAGAGAAAGGGGAAGCUGCCCUCCACGAUGCCAAAGCAAAACUGGCUAAAUUGGAGGAAGCCCUUCACAACGCAAAGAAAGACUUGGCCCAGUUGGUUAAGGAGUAUCAAGAACUGAUGAACAUCAAGCUGGCCUUAGAUAUAGAGAUUCUCACUUAUAGGAAGCUCAUGGAAGGUGAAGAAAUCAGCAUGGAGUCCCCACCACCUGCUGUCAUUAGCAGAAUUUACUCUUCUACCCCCAAAUUCGCUUCAUCAAACUCUAGCAUCCCAACAACUUCGAAUAUGACAACCAGAGCACAAGAAAAUUCAACAGAUGAAAUGAGCCACAGUGGAAGCCGUGUGCAAAGUGGACUUUCCAGAAAUCAGAGCGGAGGCAGCAUGGGGGAAACAGGGGGGGACCUCUCUCGAAGCCACAGUACUAGAAGUGCAGCCACUGCAGGUGGUAGCUUUUCUAGAAGCCCCAGUAGCGUAAGUGGAGGUGCCUCAGAGGCAUUUAGAAGUCAUAGCACCACCCACAGUGCACCCUUGGACAGCAGUCGUUCUAGAAGCACUAGUAGUAAAAAUGGAAAUUUUGCCAAUAGUGAAGAGACUAUGGACAGCAGUGUUUCUAGAAGUCUCGAUCAUGGAAGUGGAAGUCAAAGAAUCCAUGGCAGCAGAAGUGAGGAUAACCCAAAAGGUAGCAUUUCUAGAAGCCAUAGUGGUGGAAUCAGAGGCAUCUCAGAUGGUAGCCUUUCUAGAAGCCAGAGUAACAGAAGUGAUGGUUUGACUGACAGUGUAUUUGUUAGAACCCAAAGUGGUGUAAGUGAUAGUGUGCAAGAGGGCAACUAUUCUAGAAGCCAAAGCCAUAGAAGCGUAGGGUGUUCCUCACCUUCCAUUUCCAGAACCCAAAGCAGAGAAAGUAACCGUGCCCCUGUAACUAGCUAUCCUAGAGGUCACCAUUCAGGAAGUGGACACAAUGUUCAAGGCAGCCAUGGCUAUGGAGGAAAUGAUGGCAGCUAUUCUAGAAGCCAAAGUGGCAGAAGCCAAGUUUCAACAGAUGGUGGCUUUGCUAGAAUUCACAGCCAUGAAAGUGAAGGUGCCCCAGAGAGUAGCCUUUAUGGAAGCUACAGUGGCAGCAGUGCAUCCUAUGUAGAAGGUGGCCUUUCUAGAAGCCAGAGUGAUGAAAAUCAAUUUCAUAGCAGUGCUGAGCCUGUUGUUUCCAGAAGCCGUAGUGCUGAAGAUGGCGGGGUCCCAGUGGGUGGCAUUUCUAGAAGCCAGAGUGAUGAAAAUCAAUUUCAUAGCAGUGCUGAGCCUGUUGUUUCCAGAAGCCGUAGUGCUGAAGAUGGUGGGGUCCUGGUAGGCGGCAUUUCUAGAAGCCACAGUGAGGCAAGCAGGGUCAUGUCAGAGGAUGACCUUUCUAGAAGCCAGACCAAUGAAAGUGAACUUCAAGGCAACCACGGCCAUGAAGGAUACAUUGAGCCUGUUUCUAGAAGCCGUAGUGCUGAAGAUGGUGGGGUCCUGGUAGGCGGCAUUUCUAGAAGCCACAGUGGGAUAAGCAGAGAAGUGUCAGGAACCAGUCUUUCUAGAAGUCAAAGUGGUGAGAGUGAACUUCAUCACAGCUUUGGCAAUGAAGGAUAUUCUGAACCUGUUGUUUCCAGAACCAGCACUGCUGAAGAUGAUGGUGCCUCAGUCAGUGGCAUUUCUAGAAGUCAGAGUGAGGCAAGCCAAGAUAUCUCAGGGGGCAGCCUUUCUAGAAGCCAGAGUGAUGAAAAUGAAUUUCCUGGCACAGACAGAAAUGCUGAGCCCCUUGUUUCCAGAACCAGCAGUACUGAAGAGGCCAACAUCUCAGUAGGUAGUGUAUCUCGAAGCAGCAGCAGGGCAAGCAGAAACCACUCCCAGGCUAGCUUUUCUGGAAGCCAAACUCGAGGCUUUGCAGACUCUGUUUUCACGAGAGCCCACACUGAAGGGGUCUCACAGUCCGGUCUUUCCAGACUCAGCAGUGGGUCAGGUAGCAGUGGUCCUGACAGCAACCAGCCUAGACGUCAAAGCAGUGGAAGCAAAGGCACCUUAGAGAGUACUUUUACCAGAAGCCAAAGCAAGAAAAUCAGAGAUUUAACAGAAAGUCUUUUUGGUAGAACUCACAGCAGUACAAGUGAAGGUGGCCUGUCUAGAGGACAGAGUGAUGAAAAUGAAGGCUUCGUAGAAGCUGCCCCUUCUAGAAGUCACAGUCAUGGAAGUGGAGGGUUUGCAGAACCAUCGUUUUCCAGAACCCAUAGUGGUGAUAGCACAGGCAACACAGAGAGCAUUGUUUCUAGAAGUCACAGUGGUGGAACCAGAGGGAUUCCUGAAGGGAGUUUUUCCAGAAGCCAAAGCAGCAGAAGUAGAGGAUUUGUAGAGAGCAACCUAUCAACGGGUCACAGCAAUAACAGCGUAGAAAGUGAUGGUGAUACAAGAGUAAGUCUUGCAAGUCACAGUGAGGCCAUCAAAGUGGCCUUGGAGUCUGGCCCUUCUAGAAGCAGAGAUGCCGCCACAGAUAGCUUUUCUAGACGCCACAGUGAUGGGAGUGGAGGUCCUGUGGAGACAUCUACUCCUAUUUGCCCCCGCAGAAGAAUGGAAGACCGUGGGGAACAAAGCCUUUCCAGAAGCCAGAGUGGGGAGAGUGGGAGCUUUAAAGCAGCUGACUUCUAUAGAAGCUCCAGUGAAAUAAGCAGAGGUGGCUCGGAGGCUAGUCUUUCUAGAUGUAGCAGCAAAGAAAAUGAACAUUUCCCAGAAGGCAUCCUUUUGCGAAACUACAGCUACAGAUGUGCAGUCAUAUCACCCCCUCAGGUUUCGAGAACGGAAAGUGAUUCUGAAGACUUUCUGGAAGAUGACCUGUCUAGAAGUGGCACCUCUGGAAUUUACAGAAGCCAGAGUGGUGACAGGGAAAAUGUGUCAGAAGGGGGUGCCUCUAGAAGCUACAGCGACAGGAGUGAAGAAGCCCCAGUGGAUUGCCUCAGUCACACUGGUGGGGAGGAAGCUUUUCCCAAGGGUGGUCUUAAGGAGCAGGAAAAUACCUCCCAUUCCCACGAUGGUGCAAAAGAAAAUGUUUGGCAGAGAGGUGAAAGUGGAGGCUUUGUGGGGAGGAACCUUUCCAGAGGCCAGAGCAGUGAACUGGUGGCUUCAAGUCCUGUCUGCUUGGUCUGUGAGGUUCCAUCUGAUGAACACCACCACUCCCCAGUUGGUGAAGUAGGCCACUCUGCUGAGUCCAGUAUCACGGAGUAGGCGUACAAAUGAAUUGGAUCCAGGUGUCUUCUUCUAGAAGUCCCAAUCCAUCCCUUGGCUCAGGGACCAUAGAUGGGAAUCCACACGAAGCCUCACAGUCCUCAAGCUGAUAGCUGGAAAUACAAUUCUGUGGGCUUGGAGGGGACAACACAGACUUCCUAGGAUGUUAUGCUUUGUGGGGUCAAGGUCAGAGAAUAUCUUGAGUCCUUCCAAUAAUAUACUCUGUGGUGAGGGAAACUAAUAUUGCAGUUUUACAAUACAGGCAUUAACUACAAGAAACCAUAAGCUAAUGGCAUAGUCUUUUAAGCAGUAUUAUAAACAGGAUCUUGCCAUUCUCCUCUUUCUUUUAUUUAUAUUAAUUAUCUAGACUUUUAAUUUGCAGAUAGUUCUGGGUGUGCAGAUCACAUUAGACAAAUGGUGUGAUGCUCUGCCAAGGAUGUUAUUAGUGGGAUUCAUUUAAUGGGAACCUUUUGCCCCUGAUCUUCUGUCUUGCUUUUAAGGACACCAUUUUGAAUUUAUCUGCCAAAUUCUUAUAGGUGUAGGUUUCUUAAUGACUUUCACUAAAGAGUUUGUACAGUUUCUGUGUACACCAGCAAACUUAGAUCUAUUUCUGAGUCCUAUCGUCUAUUUUACAAGCUAGUUUUUUGGUUGGACUGAAUUUUGCUAUGAUAAAUAUGUGUGGGUUUUUUUAAAAAAAGCAUUAGGGCUGGUUGGCCACAAGAUGACUUGAGAUAUAUGUUUCUGAAGCCCAUUAUUUUUUUACAGGUAUGAUAUUUUACACCUGUGCAUACAAAUAAGCACACAUCAAAACACAGAACUAUCUGGAUUAGCCAAUUCAGGACCGUCCCAAUCCUAGAAUUUAGUUCUGUGCUAGAUGUGUCAGGUCACUUGUUAUCUUAGGACACUGAAUGGCCAUUGGAGGUCUGGAAUGUAGCAGGAAGAACAUCUUGUUCUGCUGAACCAUCUAGUGCAGAAGGCACAGAGUGGCCAAUAUUGCCUGCCAGCUACGGGGCCAAGUCCACAUGCCUUUCUUCCUUUGUGUGCCUAAGAAACCCUACCAGAUCACAGUUUAUAUGCCCUCCAGUUUCAACACAUUAGCUGGCCGGAUAGCUCAGUGGUUGAGGUAUUUGGUUGUGGAGCCAGAAGUUGGGAUUCAAUACCCCAGCGUGCCUCCUUCUAGUAGAUCCAGCCUGUGUGGCCUUGGGCAAGCUUCACAGUCUCAGGAUAUCCCCAGGAUAUUCUAAGACUUCUCUACUUGGAAAACCCUGGAAAGUUCAGAAUUAACUUGGCAGCACAUGAUGGUGAUGAUAAUGAUUCAAGAGAAUGCUUCUCAAUGUUCCAGCCCUGUUGUUUCUAACAGAAACUUGCUUACAGACAUAACACUAUUUAAAAGCCCAUGAUUGCUUUUCAGUGGUCUGGUGUCUGCAACCUAUUCUUCUCUUACCUCCAGUGAUGACUGAUGAUGACCCACUGGGAUAUGGGAUUGGACUGGGAUAAAGAAUGCUAUGUGGGCUGGAAGAGGAGGAAAGAAACAGAAGAGCACAUUUUAAUCUUCAUUGAAAUUCAGAUCAAACAGCCUACCCAAAUUUACAGCCAUUGUAAGUUCUUGCUAGCAUACUUUAGUUCAAAAUAAUGCAAUAGCUGGUGGAUGUAUAGUUUUACAUGUCUAUAUAGGAUAGAUAGAUGUUGUAUGUCUUUUCAUUCUAUCAGACAGCAACUGUAGAUAUAAAGCUUAUUUUUCAUGGACUUUGUAGUCCACUAUUACUGAUUUAAAGCUGGGAUCUAAAACUGGGAAUCUCAGCUCAACUCUGGGUUGACCAAUUGGGUGGACUGGAAGAAGUCACUUUCAUAGGGUUCCAUUGUGACCCUGAAUGAAACGAAGAAAGCAAAACUUAUGUUGCCAUAAGUUCUUUAAUGGUCAACCCUACUAAAAUUAAAGAGACAAGCUAGUCACCAUUGAUGUAAGCUGCUUUGAUUUCAGCAGCAUUGCUUCUGGUUUGGCCACUGGCAAUUUCUUCAUCCAUUAAUCACAGGUGAUCCCAGCUAGUCAGGAUCUGGGUAACAAAGAGACUGCUGCCAUAGCACUGUGUGCACAGAUUUAGCUAUAUGGCUUGUGGUGGUGAAGGUGUUGGUGGCUCUGGUGAUGAUGAUGAUAUAGGCAAAUGGAGAUAAUUGAGAGUGAAGUAGAGGAAGACUGCAAAUUAGAUGGACAAAUGAGUUUAUAAGAUCAGCAGGAUUGGCAUGGAUCAGAAUAGCACAAAACGCUUCUACCUGCUUCCCUGGCUUUCUGUGUUGUUGUUUUAAGAAACACGGUCAUGUUCACAGAAUUCUCUACAUUGUUCAGGAGAUAAGGAAGUCCAGUACAAGCUCUCCCAAAUGUCCCCUCAGCUUGUGGAUAAGACUAGAUAGCAUGUUGGAAAUGAAAUGAGCUAAAGCUGUAUUUACAUGGCAGAAUACAGUGGAUUUACUCCUCAGUAAACUCACACAGCAUUGCACUACAAAUACAUGUGAAAAUUAGGACAAGGGUGCAUGUGAACCUGGCGUAGAUGUGGUCAGGGAGGAAACUGUGCAAUCAGCUGCUAACUUUGAAAAGACUAUCAAGAAAACAGUAGGUUGUGUGGAAAACUCCAAUAGAGAGUGAAGGAAACAAGAGGUUGAUUGUGGGACGUGAAAUGAUUACACAGAAGGGUUUUCUUCAAAUAAACAGCCAAUAGGGCAUAUUUCAGAUUCCCUUCCUCAUAGGUUAAGGACAUAUAAGAAUUAGUCAGCCAUUUGUGGGCAGUCUAGGCUUUCAUCACCUGUGCAAACAUUGCCAAUGAAAGCCAGAUAUGACAGUAAGAGGCAAGUAGCAAAUGUGAACUUAUGUGGUAUUCUACUGAGAUAUGUAUUUAGUUGUGAUAACACAAUGAGCACUGCAGACAGCACUUACAUAUAUUUGCGUAAGUUAUUUUGGUCUUUCAUGCUUCAUGCUUAAUUCCUUUUAUGUAACUACAAUAUACACCACUGUAGGGCAGCAUUUAUGUGCUUUGGGGUCAGCGUUUGUCCUCAGCCUUCACUCAUGCAACCUUCCUGCCAUUGUAAGCAAGAGCAUCAGAGAUGCUCAGUGGGCUUAUCCUAAUUAUAUCCAGGUAUGAGGGUAAAAUACCCACGAGACCAGACUUUUUUUUAAAAAAGUCAUCAUUCAUAUGUGUGGUGUAUCUGUCGUGCUACAACAGUCAGGUUACUGAAAUAUAUGCUAGCCUCCCAUAUGUAGCAAUUUUAAAGCAAACUGAAAAGCCAUCUAUCAGGACUAGUGUUUGUAUACUGACUCGAUCUGAAAUUGAGGGGAUCCGCUUCACAAUCAGUGGGAUGGGUUCUACAUUUGCUCAUCUAAAGCCAGGUCUGAGUUUCCUAUUGUAUUUAGUCACAAUUUUUUAAAUUUGGACUUCCUUGAUCCUUAAAAGAUUAAAAACAACCACAAUACUCUGAUUAUGACUUUGACAAGGCUUAAUUCCCUGUUUCUUUGCCCAUUCUUGUGUGGCUACCUCAAUACGAGUUCAGUGGGAAACCUAUUCCAUAAGGUUGCAUGGUGCUGCUGAAGGCAAGAUGCUCUUUGAAUGCUUCCAUUCUAUUGUCUUAAACUACGACUGUUAAUAAAGAC